AUGCCUCCGCCCGGCAUCUUCUUGGGUACGGCCGGCAAUGUGGCCGAUGAUGUUGUGGUGCUUGACAGUGGGGAUGUCGCCGACUUCAACAGAGCAGAUAUCCUGCCACAACCAGACUCCCAGCUGCGAAACAUCCGAGCCUGGCUCCAACCUACAGAGUACGCGCACAGGGAUGGCGAGUACAUGAAGCACAUGUCCUCUCAUCUCAAUGGGACUGCAAGAUGGGUGCUAGACGCGCCCAUCUUCCGGCAGUGGCAUGAUAGUCAGCAAGACGGCAUUCUCUGGAUUCGCGGCAUACCCGGCUCCGGCAAGUCAGUUCUUGCGGCGAGUCUGAUUAAACAUCUGACGCUUGAGGAUUGCCCGGUCUUGUACUUCUUCUUCAGGCACACUCUCGACACUAACCACAGCCCAGAGGCGGCUUUCCUCGAUUGGGUGGCGCAGAUACUGAUCAACAGCUCGCCGCUGCAGCUUGAGCUCACAAAUUCAAUGCAGGUGCAACACUCAGCCACCGUGCCGGUACAAGGGCUCACGCUUGACGAACUGUGCCGUCUUUUGCGUCUGGCACUCACUCAUAUCCCGAAGGCCUACGGUGUGGUGGAUGCGUUGGAUGAAAUGGACCAGAACCGACUGGAACCAUUCCUCCGGUGCUUAGAUGAGCUUGGCCAAGGACACCUCAAACUCAUCAUAACGAGCCGACCCAUUGCCAUGGUGGAAAGGGUUAUGCGAGGCAUCAAGGUGCUUGAUGUUCGUCUGCGUAAGAAUUUGAUCGAGCCGGACAUGACCGCUUACAUGUGUUAUCGACUCAACCUCACACAAACCCCGAAGGCCGCAUUCUCCUCUAUCAUCCAAGGCAUUUCGUCGAAAGCCGAUGGGCUCUUCCUUUAUGCCAAAUUGGCCAUGGACGCCAUCGCUGAUCUACCAAGAGCCGCGGACAUGCAGCAAGCUUUGCAGCUGAUGCCAGCAUCCCUCACCCAGAUGUAUACAGAUCUCCUAGAGGAGCACGCGGCGCACAGGUAUUCCUAA